GCCGCCCGACGCGCACGCCUUCCUGCAGCACGUCGCCACGUUCGCCGUCGCGGAGAAGGAGGACAUGCCGCUGUACCGCAGGAUUGUCGUCAGCUUCUCCUGGCGCCGACAGAUGCCACGACUCGCCCUCACUCUCGGCCUUGAGGAAGAAAUGGCUGAUAUCAUUGAGGAACUAAUUGCUAAGAGGCAGCAGCUUGAUGCUGUGAAUUUUGCUUACGAGGCUGGGCUUCAGGAGAAGUUCCCUCCAGUUCCUCUUCUGAAGUCCUACCUGGAGGACUCUAAGAAGACGUCGACCGCCGCUUCAGAUAAUUCAAGCACUAGCAGCAGUGGGCAAUCAGGGAGCAACGCGAACAAGAAAGAGCAGUCUGCACUGCGAGCUGUCAUCAAGUGUGUCGAGGACCGUAAUCUUGAAGCCGAGUUUCCACUGGAGGGUCUCCGGAAGCAACUCGAAGAGCUGGAGAAAGCCAAGACCGAGAAGAAGAAGGCGGCAUCAAGCGCUACCAGUGGCGGCAGCAGCAGCGGCCCUGCAACCAAGCGCAUCCGCGCGAGCAACGGAGGCCCAAUGCCUCCCGCCAAGGCAGGUCGUCUCGCUACCAAUGCCUGCGCGUCUUCUUUCCCAGGUCCCACCACAUUCACCCAGUCUCCCUCCCACGCACCACACGCCAAUACCUCCUCCCCUUCCCAUGCAUCACACGCCGCCACAGCCUCCCCUUCCCACACAUCCUAUGCCACGCCGCCUCCUUACCCGGUUGGACAUGGCCUGUACUGCAGCCGGAGCCCGCCGGUGAUCAGGGGGGAGCCAUACGCUUACCCACCAGCCGAGGAGGUAGUCGGUUUCAACGUCGGCAUCACCAUGCCAUACUCCACCCCACCCAUGAGCUACCCCCCUGCCCCCUAUGGCGGGUACGGCAGCGGGAUGGCAGCUUACGCCAACGGAAUGGCCCCUGCUUUCCACCAGGCUUACUACCGGUAGGUUCAGUCAUGAAACAAACCAAAAACAAAGUAAAACAACAAAAAAAGUCGCUGAUGAAUGACAUGACAACAACUGAUAAUCGCGCAAUGGCCCUGUUUUGUAGCGACUGACUACAACGGUAGGUUGGGUAUGUCAUCUUCUAUGUCCUUUCCAUCACCACCACUAGGUUUGUGUGUUGUGUCUAGCUCGUCUCAUCUUAGACCACUGCCUUUCUUUUUUCACUGGUAAGGAACCUGGAACCUGGGUGUAAAUUAUGUAUGGUAUCAGCGAGACUGUCGUCGCAGCCUUGUGUAACUCUGUUCGGAACUUUGAUCUUUUUUUUUGUUGUUGUUGAAAAGAUCAGCAUGUGAUCGUUAAGUACCGGAUGUACCAUGAACUUUAACCAAAAGUUUUCUCAGUUUAGUUGUGU